CCAAUACUGUCAAAACAGUAGUAAAACACUGUCCCUUUCGAUUAGUCAGAAAAAAUUCUUUGUCUCAUUUUAUUUUUUUUUUUGUUUUUGUAAAUUUUUAUCAUUUUCAAGAAAGUCAUCGAUGGCAGAACCGGCACCUGCUGAGGAGUCAGAGGAGAAGCCGAAGCCAAGAUGGCGGCGGAUUCUUGAGCGCGUUAUUCUUAUUUUUAUUCAUUUACUAUUCAUUGCAUAUUUUAUAGCUGCCACAGUAAUAUACAUGGGCUAUGAUCAGGAUAACGACAAGUGCUUUCCACCGAUUGAAUACAAUACAACUACAGAAGGAACUACUACGCCAUUAGAAGAACAACCUCAACCGGAUCAACCUCAAGAGCCGGAUCCCGAGGCGAAUCCCGAAGGGGAAGGCGGAGGUGCAGGGCCGGCGGAGGUUACCACAGAAACUACCUCUGAGGGUCCCUCAACAACACCUCCGCCCAAACCAAAGUUUGUUCCAUUCGUUCUGUGUAGCAUCAACUGGUGCCAUGGCUACGGAUCCCUAGUAGUAAUCUUUGUUAUCUUUCAUAUACUUUGGAUAUACUAUGUCCUUUUCAAACCAUUUAUUGGCCGAAAAUUAUAUAAUGAUCACAUUGAUGGCAUGAUCGAUAAAUGGAUUGAGUUUAGAAGCAAAAUCCUAGUCUCUAUCGUAAUGCUGGUUGUUGUAAUCGUCCUAUCAACGCUUUAUUUAAUAUUCGAAUGCCGAGAUGACUGGGGAAAGACUAGGGGCCUGGCCGGACCUAUUGUAUUUAUCGCCGUCGGAUUUGCCGUGUCCAAACACCACAAAAUGGUUCCAUGGAGAAUCGUGGUACACGGCCUCCUGGCACAACUUCUGUUUGCCAUUUUGUGUCUUCGAUGGGAAUUCGGAAGGUCGGUUUUUCAAUGUAUGGGUGAAAAGGUGACUACAUUUCUUAGCUUUGCCCGGUUCGGAGCCCGCUUUGUGUAUGGGGACCGCAUUGUCGACGAAUUCGUGUUCGCUUUUGCCAUACUUGCGGUGGUAUUCUUCUUUAGUGUGGUCACCUCCAUUCUCUACUAUCUUGGCUGGAUGCAAGCAUUCCUCGGCGUUUUAGGAUCCCUACUGCAGUCAACCGUUGGCACUACAACGUGCGAAAGCGUUAACGCCGUGGGCAACAUAUUUUUAGGAAUGUCUGAGAGUCCGCUGAUGAUACGUCCCUAUAUUAAUGUACUUACGGUAAGCGAGCUGCACUCAAUUUGCGUUUGCGGCUAUGCAACAGUUGCCGGAUCUGUGCUAGGGGCGUUUGUCUCUUUUGGGGCUAAUCCAGCUUACCUGAUUGCUGCCAGUGUCAUGGCUGCACCAAGCGCCUUGGCAUUUUCCAAGCUCUUUUAUCCUGAAACCGAGGAGUCCCAAACUAGGGCUGACAACAUUAAACUGGCCAAAUCGGAGGACCAGUCAAUCCUGGAUGCUGCAGCAAGUGGCGCCCAAAAUGCUAUGCUUAUUGUUUUGGGAAUCGUGGCGAACAUAAUUGCUUUUUUGGCGAUUGUAUUUUUCUUUAAUGCUGUUGUUCAAUGGAUUUUCGAACUACUGGACAUAAGUGAUGUGACCCUACUGGUUAUUCUCUCAAAAAUGUUUUGGCCUGUUGCCUUUAUUAUGGGCGUACCCCUAAAGGACUGUUCGAUUAUUGGCUUGGUGAUUGCUGAGAAGUCUCUAAUAAAUGAAUUUGUCGGCUACAAGCACUUGGGAGAGCUUACACAAGCAAAUGAAAUCGAUCAUAGAAGUGAAGCAAUAGCCACAUUUGCCCUAUGCGGAUUCGCUAACCCCGGAUCCCUAGGAAUUCUGAUUGCCGCCCUCAGUGCCAUGGCACCCAGUAGAAGACCGGACAUUACUAGAGUGGCUGUCCGUGCCUACUUUGCCGGAAGUUUUGUAAGCUUUACUUCCGCUGCUCUUGCAGGUAUACUCGUCAGAGAAGACAUGCAUCAUAAAGAUGAUUCCAAAUUCAUCGAUAUAGAUUCCGAUUCAGAGGACUAUGUUGAUCAUCACAUGCUAAAUAUAUAGACCAAACUACUAGCAUAAUAAUACCAGCACAAUACCAUUCCAAAUUUAUGAAAGUUUAUCAUGCUCUAUAGUUUUUCUGAAACUUGACCAAAUUGUAUAUCUAGCUUUGAACUAAAAGUUUUAUACUUUAAAUUAAAGGUAGAUUUCAAAAUGA